AGACGACCAAAGGAAGAGCAAGCAAAGAUGCGUUCUACUUGGUUCCAACCUUUCAAGGAAUCCAAGAAGCCUGGCUUUAAAAUGCCCCAAUGCCGCCACCGUAUUAUCAUUGCACCCCCCAUGCCAGAGCAUGUUGUCAAUGAACCCAAGAUGACAGUGGAAGCUGCUCCUUCCCCUGAAGUGGAUUCUUUAAACCAAUCCUACAAAACAGUAAACAUUCGUCAGGAAGACAAGCAGGUGGAGGGUGAAGAUGAAGCACAUGUAUGGCUGGCCCAGAGGCUAAAAGUAAAGAAAGAUCUGGACACUUUUGUGAACAUUGAGAAAUGGAUCUAUUGCAAGCCCAGGACGACAAAGUCCGAGAACCGAGUGUUAAGGAGGAUUUACAAGGACAGAGAGAAUGAUCUGGCUGCCUCGAGAGCAGCUGAGCUUGCUGCUGCUGAGAUGACAAAACCUGCCCAGCGUGUCCACCGAAACAUUCCCUCACUCGUUGUGCCUAAACCCGUGUGCCUGUCAGUCUUAUAUGAGUAUCUGUUAAACCACAAGAUCAAAGUCCCUGAAAUGUUCUGCAAGGGAGAGUGGGAACAUCAGAUCACCAGGGAAGAGUUUGUGGAAGGAAUGAGAAGGGUUGGUGCUCCUCUGACUGAACGGGAGUUUGAGGAUGUGGUGAUCUAUCUAUGCUCCAUGAACAAGCAUGGUGUCAUCUCCCAGGACGACCUGGUAGCUUCAUAUAGAGGCUGGGUUGCUGCCAAGAAAAGUGAUAUCCAAGAAAAAAGGAAAAGUUUUAACUACUGGAAAAGCAGACUCCGAAGACGUCUUGCCAAACCUAAGAAGGCAAAGAUUUCAACUCCCCCGCCCCCCUCUCCAAAAUCCCCCUUCUUGGAAGUCCCUCCAAUUAACACGGAACCAGACAGAAUGCAUCUGACCUAUGAGGAUAUGGAGGAAGCCGGAAAGCGAUACCGGGAGAUGAAGCGACAAUCUAAGAAAAAAAUCAAUCCCUUGUUGUUUAUGGAAAGGUGUCGCCUAGUACGGACUGGCAACAAGGCUUAUGAUGACCACUGCCUCCCAUCCACUCUGCAAGAUGAGUUGGGGGAAAUGAUUAACGCCUUCCGACAGGCUACCUUUUUGGCUUACCUGAAGUGCGUGAAGGCGUGUGAAGCCUACCAACUCCCGCUGACUGAAAAGACCCUCAUGAAAGCUCUCCUUUACCCUGGAGACAAACUCAUCAUGGAGAAAGGGAACGUUCUCAAGCUCAGACAACCAGGAGGCUAUUACGAUGAAGUGAAAGAAUUCGUACCAACUAAAGCCAAAUUCCAUACGAUAGAAGGAUCAGUAAUUAAGAAAAAGUCACAGAAGCCAAUUAAGAAAAUGAACUUUGGAGAGUUUGAGGCUCUGAUCAGGAAACUCGAGCACAAGAGCCAUCAUAAGACAUAUGAUGAGGUUCACGGUACUCACCCCAAUUUCUUCUGGCCAGGACACCUCCUGGAUAAACUGCUGCUGUACCUCCCCAACAAGAAGUGGGAAAGGCAACUGGUUCUUUUCAGCCAAGUGAAGAAGUUGCCUCAUUCCUACCCAGCCAUCUACCAUCCUGAUCGCUUUUGGCCCAUUUCUGAUUCAGGCUACGUAACCUAUGGCAAUUUUGAUAGACGUGAAAGAUGGUGUUAA